GAAAUUGCAUGGGAAUGAAUGCAGGUGCAGGAAGCGCAGAGAGUCCACGCUAUCGAGAUGGUCGAUCACGCGAGUGGCUGGCGCGUGUACGAGGCUUGUAUUUGUAGCACAGCAUAGCAAUAGCACAGUGAGAAGACAAAGCGCACUCGUUUCGUUGAUCAUCGUUCACCUGCCGGUGACGGAAUUCAAAAACACCCGCCUCUUUCUCUCUCUCUCUUUCUCUCUCUCUCUCUCUCUCUCUCUCUCUCUCUCUCUCUUGCUCUGACCAGAAUCUGUUCCAUUCAUCUUCUCUGGUUUCGAUUCCAAUUCGCUGGGGUGAGAAUUCGAUACACCGUUUUCUUAGUCGUGUAGGGGAAUUUCGGGGUAUCUGAUCUCAUUAUGUUUUGCUUCAUUUUCACGUUUUUCGUUGCGUUACUUCACUCCACCUCGCAUCGCAUUGCCUAACUCCAGUUCCCUCGCAAUUCCGAUCCUACGCUGGUUUUCCUACCGCCUCUGUUUCUGUCUCUUACUUUUUUUUUUCUUAAAUUUGAAGUUUGUUGUUGAUCUCAUUGAUUUUGUAUAUGGUAUAUCAAUUUGCAUGCCUAUUCGUGCGAGUAAGAAUUUUUUUCGUCCUUUUUUUGUGUUGUUUGCUGUGUGAAAGUGUUUGAAAAUUGGUCUGUGUUUUUUUUUUUUUUGUAUUGGAUUGGCAUCAUCUUUCUCUGAACUCUAAACUUCAUAGAAACAAUAUAGAAAGAAGCUGAAAACGUUUAGCGGUUAAAUACUCAUAAUCCAGUUGUAUUUCGUUGAGAGAAAGAGAAUAGACGCUGUUCUGCUUGCUAGGGUGUAACCACUCUUCUUCUCAUGUUUGGUUUGUAAAUCAAAGGUAUUGUAAAAGGAGAAUUUUAAUCUUUAAAAAUAGAUGGAUUGACGUGUUUGAAGGAAAGAUGGUUAUGAAUAUGAGGAAACUAUGCUUGGUCUGUUCUUUAGCCUGUGAUAGACUUGUGUCGCAGAAAGUUUUAUGUUGAAAAAUGAAAGAUUGGGGAUGAGAAUUUCACUCUGUAUUUGGGGUUUGCUGUCUGUAGUUGGACUGCAUGUCUUUCUUACAGUAUUUAUUGUGUAAAUUGAGAGAAAGGUAGCAAUGCUAUGGUUGCAUAAUGAUCGCAAGAGGUGGUUCCAUAUUGGGAGUAGCCUGUGGGCUAUCGGUUUAUCUUCUGGUAUUAGGCGCCUGAAAUCUCUUCGUAGUUUCAUUUCUCUAACUGGACAGAACAAAUUCAGGUGAGACCGGAGACAACUUGAUUAUCAGUUUCUCUUGCUACUGCUGAAGAAAAUAAGUACCUGACUAACUAAUUUAUCAAUCAAACAAGAGUGGUUUUGAAUUGGGGAUGGAGAGAUAGAGAGAAAGUGGUCGGGCUUUAGAACUAUUACAGGAAUUAACCGAAUCACAGUGGACUGUCAACUAUUACAGAAAUUAACUUAAUGUCUUGCUUUUGAACUUUGAGGUUUGUGAUCAACUGCAAUGAUGAUUUGUUAGUCUGUUUCUGGUUUUACUUGCUUUGAGGAAUGGGCAUGAUUUUUAUCUAGUAUGUCUUUGAUGAUGAGGUUUUAUAAUCUUCAGAAGUUCUUACUAGUGAGUUGCUUUCUUUAUUGAGUAACUUUUUUUAUAUUACAGACUAGAGUGCUUUUUCCUUUCACAGAUCUGAAGAUUGAUGACAAAUAGUCUGGUUUGGGUAUCAAAAACAAAAUUCAAGAAAAUAAUGGAAGCACAUCCUACUUUCUCCAUUGAAAGAUCAAAGCAACUCAAUAGCAUGGGGAUGUCUGGAGCACUUUCUUCAUCUUUGUCAAUCCUUCCAAUACCCACAGAAGAUAUGUAUCCUAGGCUGCCUGAAUCACAGUUGGAUAUUGUAGAACAAGAACUUAUGACAAGACCUUAUACUCAUUCAAGUUAUUUGAAUUCCAAUGGAGUAGUUGGGCAUAUUAUUUCGUCUUCCUCUGGAUAUUCAAUUGACCUUCAUCACUCAUCUCUUUCACCUGAUGAAAAACACUCUACUAACGCUCAUUUUAUUUCACAAUCAUCAACCAACAUUGCCCAAUUUCCAUUAUCAUAUUCUUCGAGUACUGCACUACCAACUUCAGCAACACCAACCCAUUUUUCCAAAGAAAACAGUGCUUCCUGGCAUUCAGAGUCCCUGCCAAGUUUUCUGGAUUUUCCUGCACAUGACUCAAUGGACGAUAAUAGGGUAGAAAGUAGUGAUUGCCCAAUCAUGGCAUCGGAGGAGUAUUGUAAACAAAAUGAUUGGCAGGAGUGGGCUGAUCGGCUAAUCAGUGAUGAUGACACUUUGACUUCUAAUUGGGAUGACCUUCUCACUGACAACAUUCGAGACAUUGAGCCAAAGGUUGCAAAACCACUUUCACAGUUUCCAGGACAUCAAUCCCAAGGUCUACAACAACUUCCUGCUUCAUUAGGAGAAAAUUGCUCUGGAGCUACCCUCUCCUCCUCAGCAAAUUCUACUCCUGCCAAGUCACGAAUGCGUUGGACACCAGAACUUCACGAGGCGUUUGUGGAGGCUGUCAACCAACUUGGGGGAAGUGAAAGAGCUACUCCAAAGGGUGUGCUGAAGCUCAUGAAAGUUGAAGGAUUAACUAUAUAUCAUGUGAAAAGCCAUUUGCAGAAAUACAGGACAGCUAGAUAUAGACCGGAGUCAUCUGAAGGAGUUGCGGAGAAAAAAGCAGGUUCCAUUGAAGAGAUGUCAUCUCUAGAUUUAAAAACUGGUAUUGAGAUCACUGAAGCUCUACGACUACAAAUGGAGGUUCAGAAGCGGUUGCAUGAACAGCUUGAGAUUCAAAGAAAUCUGCAGCUGCGAAUAGAAGAACAAGGAAGGUACCUCCAGAUGAUGUUUGAGAAGCAACGUAAAUCUGAAACUGAAGCGUUGAAGGCAUCAUCAUCUACUAUUGAGAGUCAAUCUGGAGUAUCUUCGAAUGCCACGAGAGACUUCCCGGUCAAAAAUGUUUUGGAAGCAACACAAGUGGACCAUUGUAGGUCAGGACCUGAUCAAGCUAACCGCAGUACCACAGUUGAGGAAGGCUCGCUGGAAAAGGGUCGGAAUCCUGAUUCUCCCAAAACUCAACAUGGUAUUGCUAGUGAUGAUAGUGCACAAGCUCCAAAACGUCAAAGAACAGAGUAAGCUAUAUGAAAACGUGAUGGGUCGAGCUCGUAAGUGAUGAGUUUCUUCUGUCCUAUUAUGAAUGAGUGCAAUGUAAAUUUAGCAGAUGAUGUCACCUCAAUGGCUUGGAAGGCUUAGGUCAAGUUUUGUUGUUAGAAAUCCUUUUUGUUAGAUAGUUUGUAAAUGACAAUAACUGUAAGCCAUACUUCAGCUUGCGCAUACUCUAUCCUUGGGAUAUGUGGAACUCUUCAUGCGCCCUCGAUUACCGUUCCCGACAAGAAUAAAAAGCAAAUAAUGUGUCAAAGUUAACGAGCUUGUAGCUCAACUUGAUGAUGCGCAAA